AUGCUCGGAGAAAAUAGCACGACGGCUUGGGCAGGUCCUUUGCGAAGCGUUACACAAGAAGAAGAGCCCCUUACUAAAGAAAGAAUUAUCGAAAUCGGUCAGAAAAUCGCAAAUAAAGACAAACCUGUUAUAACCUUGUAUAAUUAUGUCGAAAGAACACAUAUACAACAGUUCAUCAGAGGCAAAAUAUCAACUAAUUUAGAAGCCUUUCAGAAUGGAAGUUCUCGUCUAAAUGAUUAUCAGGGAAUCAGUAUCUCAGGUGGUUCUGGCACUGGAAAAACGCGACAUGGAUUUGAGACGAUUAAUAUAAUCAAAGACCUUAAACAAAUUAAGAAUGGUGGUUUUAAAAUUAUCCAUAUAUUUAUCCAGAUUUUCCCAGAAUCUACCCUUGUUUAUUUUGAUAAACGACCUCCACGUGACCAAUUUACAGGUCGUUAUCCUCGUAAUCCAUCACAUGUAAACAGUGUAGGUCACUACCUAGCGUUGGCGAUUGCAUCUUAUUAUUUCACAGGAAACUACCGGCAAGAAUCUCUACAAUAUUUCAGAGAAUUAGCAAAAAGUUCUUUUAAUUUAAUAACAGUCUUACAAGCGAUUCGACAAUCCUGUUCUAUAGAACCUCAGAAACUUUUAAUCCUCUUACAACUAGACGAAUACCAGCGUGAUGAAUAUUUGAUCGCCAACAUUUUGCGCUACACCUCUCAACUUGUGACAGAUAAACAAGUUUGUGAUCUGAAAACUUUGAUUGUACCUAUUUGUACAGGCACUGCUCCAAUAAAGCUCCGGGAAUUUGAUAAUCCAGGUCAUCUUAGCGUGACUGAUUACAAUGUUUAUGAUGUACAUAUGUCACCUAUGGACAUAAAAAAAUCUCUUAACUUUAUGGAUUCUGUAAUAGUUCAUAAAAUGAAAACUUCCGAUGAAUUCACCAAUCCAAUUUCACGUAAUAAUUCAUUAUAUCGUACCUUGGUUGGUGCUGUUAGAGGGAUUGCAGUUGUUAUGGAACGGUGUGCUUUGGAGUUAUUGAACAUGAAGAGACCUUUUGAUUCAGCAGAACAAACUAAAGAAAUUUGGAGGAUUCUUGUUGAUUGGGCAAAACGAAAGUAUUCAAUUGAUAAUUGGUUAGAUUGUGUUGGAGGGAGAAAAGAUCCACAAGAUUUUACAGAUGAAAAACGUAGAAAGGCCAUAUUGAAACUUAUAUUUUGGAUUCAUACUCAAAAGCUGAUUACCAAAGAUACUGCUCUGGAUGAUAGUACUGUAGGGGAUCAUGAAGCCGGGGGGCUUAUUUUUUUAGAAGAGAUUGAUAACAUGCGUUAUAAAGCUAAAGCCCCUCUUGUAUUAAUUGCAUCUCUUGUCUCACAUUUAAAGUUGGGUUUUUUUGAUGAUAUCAUCUUGGAUCCAUUUACCCGACUUGAUGAAGAAUCUUUCCCAAAAUUCAUUUUACAUAUGCAUCUGAUUACAUACAGAUUGGCAGAUUUGGUUGGAAUUCGUCAAAUGACUAUUGAAGAAAUUUAUUUCGGGUGUCUCUUGGCAUCAAAUGAAAUGUUAUCCAAGACCAUUAACAUCCAACCUAAUGUAAAUUAUAGAUCAGCACUCAUCAUAAAAAGGAAAGAUUAUGAUGAUCCCAAGCAUCCAUAUACUUGGAAUCAAUUAAUUGACCGUAAAAAAGUAUCUGUUAUCGCAGAUGCUAAUAAUGACAAGGUAGAAAAUGUAGAUGUUACAACAGGCCGUUUCAUCGUAUUGGUUCGUAGGCGUAGUAACUCAUCCGACUCAUUAACACCACAUGCGGAAGAGCAGUAUAAAUUCAGUUCUGCUAUCGAAUCAGGUUUUCCUCUUCCUGAAACGUUUGUAGGAGAGUUUACACUGGAUGAUUUUAAUAAAGAAUUAAAGAAGGCUACUAAGGGUUGUGAAUGCUUUAUAGUGAUGACUGUAAAGCGGUUUUCACAUCAAGUUAACGAGCUUCCAACAGGGACUGGCAUUGUGUUUGGAAAUCGGUUUCUGGAGUUUAUGGGAAUAUACGGAGACCUUACAAGAUUUAUUGCUAAACUAGUAUCAGAAAAGACAAUGGAUGAGGGGGAGGAAGAAUCGGAAAUGAUAAUUGAUGAUUAA